ACCGUUUUAUGCUGAGGGAAGGGCAACCAAAACCGCAACAUGAUUAUUGAUGAUUAUCCGCCGCGAAGAAACGGCGCCUUGGAAUCCACUGACGCCUUAUUAUUCCCCUUCUGAAUAGACGACAGAGUCACAGGGGCUCAUCUCCGAUUCUGAAGCGCUUCUUCUUCUUCUUUCUCCUUUGCCUAUCAUUUUCUCAGUUGUGCUGCUGCAAACAUGGCAACUAGGCUUAUGUUUGAAAAUUCAUGUGAAGUUGGAGUCUUUUCCAAGCUGACCAAUGCUUACUGCUUGGUUGCAAUUGGUGGGUCAGAAAACUUCUACAGUGCUUUUGAGGCAGAGUUAGCAGAUGCCAUUCCUGUGGUUAAGACCUCAAUUGCAGGCACUAGGAUAAUUGGACGCUUAUGUGCAGGAAAUAAAAAUGGUCUACUUGUGCCCCACACCACCACAGACCAAGAACUUCAACAAUUGCGGAAUAGUCUACCUGACCAAGUUGUUGUUCAGCGCAUAGAAGAGAGGCUGUCUGCUCUUGGAAACUGCGUAGCAUGCAAUGACCAUGUUGCUCUCACUCAUACUGAUCUAGACAAGGAAACUGAAGAAAUAAUAGCAGAUGUCCUUGGUGUGGAAGUUUUCAGGCAGACAAUUGCUGGUAACAUUCUUGUGGGCAGCUACUGCGCUUUCUCAAACAGAGGUGGCUUGGUCCACCCUCACACAUCCAUUGAAGACUUGGAUGAGCUCUCCACACUUCUUCAGGUUCCCUUGGUUGCUGGCACUGUCAACCGUGGCAGCGACGUAAUAGCUGCUGGAAUGACCGUCAAUGACUGGACUGCGUUCUGUGGCUCAGACACUACAGCAACCGAACUCUCAGUCAUCGAGAGCGUCUUCAAGCUACGGGAAGCACAACCAAGUGCCAUUGUCGAUGAGAUGAGAAAAUCUUUGAUCGACACUUAUGUUUGAGUUGUUUCUUUCUGUUGUCCCAGUGUGCUUCAAUGUUUUCUGGAUUUCCUGUAUUAACGUUUCUGUUAAAAAUUGUAUUGUAAUUAUAAUGAAAUUGGAUUUUUUUA